AUGGUCAACGUUCAGUUACACUGCCCGUCCACGAAGAAGACCGUCGAGCACUUCUUCGUCACACCGUUCCAAACUCUCGAGCAAGUUCUACCAAGUGUACGACUUGCCCUCGACAUCAAGUACGCCGCGAUAUAUACCACAGAGGCCAAGCGCAUCACGGAACCGAGUACUCUCCAAGAAGACCAGCGGGUGCUGGUAGCAGCUAGUGCGAAAGAGAUCAUGUUGCCUGAUGCACCGUACGAAUGGACUCUCUACGAGGGCGAGGAAGGCGACGACGUUGACAUGAACGUCGAGUGCUACGGUCUGCAGUGGAUAGAGCUAUGCGACCACGACAAGUGCCUGCACAUCACCAGUCUGAACGAGCAGAAGCCCACAACUCGCAACAAGCUUCGUAUCACCCGCGAGUACAAGCUUGUUGAGGCCGACAUCGAAGCCUUGAAUUCCACGACUUCAACUUCUGCACGUGUUGCCGAAGACGAGGACCACAUCGAGAAGUGUUGGGACAUCGCUGUCGAACACUUCCUUCCUACUUCGAUGAAGCCCGCCGCCGCCAAGUCCAGUUCGAAGUCGUGCGAUCCUUCCACACUGGCUAUUCUUAGUGUCCUCGCAGGCUUCACUCAAGGUCAAUCUCGUCUCGUCCUCGAAGUUCUCGAAGAGGCCGUCGCCCUUCGGACGGAAGAGGAUCAGGGUGAUGACAAGAAUCCCACUUUGCGAAAAGACGAUGUGCUUAACGCGAUUACUAUCAUCUACGAGCGCGCUGAAGUCAUUGAAGCCAAGCUCAUCAAGGGCAAGGGUGCGAAAGGAAAAGGGAAGGGGAAGAGGAGGCCUUCGAAGGGCACUCCGAAGAAGCUUGGCGCUAUGUCGAGCUCGAGUUGA